CUGGCCGAGAAUCCAUGCAUUCUGCGCAUUGAUUUGGACGGGGCAAACUUACAGAUUUGUAGUACAAUAUCUGCCACUUUAAGUUCAGUUAUCGUUAUCAAUUCAUUCCAUCAGAUGAUUAUUAAAGAGACAAGGCGCGUGUACAGCAGGUGGGUUUUGGACGAAGAAGUAAAUGAUCGAUCAUUGCUCGGUGAAGAGUUGAACGAGUAUUGCGCUCAGUACACGAUGUACCACGUGACUGAGAAAUGGGAACAGGUGACCGCUGAACAAACAGGCAGAACAUCGCCAAAUAGGGUGAGACGUCAGUCAGGGAGUGGUCUGAAUGGUACUAAACUGUGCCGCGGGGGAAUGGACCUGAAUAGCGCCCUGCAAGUAUGUCCCGAGCCCAAAAUGAAAUGCAACGAAAGGUUCAUGUGUUCACAGAUUAACAGGUGCGCAGAUUAUAGACCCCGGCGUCAGAUUUUCUCUCUCGGAUUGUUUGGACAUGGAUGGGGCAGUUGGGGCUGCUUCAGUCUUCACGACACCAGAAAAAUCAUCGAAUGUUGCAAUUAUGUUUGUAAUAAUGUUGAUAAUCCAACGACAGAAACAGUAGAAAAUAUAGGCUCAGAAGUUUUUCGGGGGCGUCUGUAAAUUUUCAGCCAGUGUUUGUUUAUCACGAAGGUUUACAGAAGUGCUUUGAAAAUUCUUAUUUUUCCGAAGCUAAAUUUAGCAUGUUAAUCCUAUUUUUCUAGAGAUACAGAGAAAACCAAGCAAAGCUAUCAUUUUGAACAGCUGGCUUCAAGUAAUUAAAAACACCUAGUUCCCCCA